UCGCUGUCUAAGGUUGGGACAAAGAUGAGGGGCGGAACCACGCGGGGGCGGGAUCCCGAGAACCCUACCCGGGAGUGGAUCCCAGAAUCUGGGGCCCGGUUCCCUGAGCCCGGGGCGGUGGCCGAAGCCGGGCAGGCGGCUUUGUGGCGCGCGCGGGUUCCACCGUGGGAGGUGUGGUCUGGCGGAGGCGUCCGCGGUCCCCGCGCUCAGCCCGGCGGCGGGCACCACAUGGCCAGCCGGGCUCAGUCCGGCUUCCCCGCACGCACAAACAGCCGCCUGGAUGCAUUCCUGAGGCGGCAUCUGGCACCCAAGGUCUACGACGCCAUCCGCGCCUACGAGCCGUGCAUCGUGGUGUCAGACUCGGAGAGGCACACCUUCAAGUAUGUGGUGCUCAGCGACCGGCUCAUCUACUUGACCGAGAACCCGCCUAAGUCCAUCCGGCGGGUGGUGGCACUGCGGGACGUCGUGGCCAUUGACUUGGUUGAUGAUUACCCAGAAUUUUUGAGUUCACCUGAUAGAGAAAUCAACCAACACAUUCGUAUCAUCUAUUCUUCAACUGUUUUGAAAAAAGAGUGUGAAAAAUCAAAAGGUGUCAGGAAAUUAAUAAUUCCAUUUCAUCAUGCCAAUGCUAACAACAAAAAAGUCAAGGAAGAGAAUAAUGGCCUUAUAUUUUGGAGAAGCAAAAAAUGUAGAAGUCUGAAUGAAUCCUCUCUCAGGUAUCCCCAAGAGAGCAGCACACCAUCCAAGGACUCAACUCUGUGUUCACCUUCAGACCCCAAGAAGCUGUUCCUUCAUGGCCAAGGUGCCUUUCGACCCUUACCUGUGCCCCCCAGGGGGAGCUGUCAGUUCACACCAGCUACUGGCAAGGCUGUUGGCUUGACAUCUUGUACAAGGAACCCAAAAGAACCCCAGAGACUUCCGGAUCACAAAGACUCUUCAAGUGAAUUCCUUUUCAAGUGCCAUAGGAACACAAAUGCGUUUCAUUCAGAAAAUUCCCUUCUAGGUUCCCCUUUACAGAGCAAUUCAAACCUAGACAAGAAGGAGUUGGAACUUCAUUUGUAUGUUAUUUCCACAACCUCAUCAAUAUUUCUGCACUUAAAAAGUUCAUGGAACAAUUACAUCAUAAAAGCUACUCUUUUACAAGAUCCCCUGUAUGCUAGUGAGCUUAAAAGUCAAAAGCCAUACAGAUCUGAGGAGAAAAUUAAGCACUUCAGUCAACUUAAAUCUGAACUUUUUCUUAAAGACAGUACCUUGAGGAAGAUACUUUGUUUAAUUACGGAACUUAAGGUGGCAGCCCAGAAAAAUUUCAUUCUGAAAAGACUUUUUUGGAAAACCAGUGACCUUUUCUACUUCCUAGUGAACAAACUACAUGAGUACUUACCAGAGUCUAAGGAUAAGAAUGCACUUCAAAAUAAAAGCCAAAGGGUUGAUGAGCUGGUGACAUGCAUUGAAAUUAUACAGACCUUAGGACUGAUGUUCAGAGAAACAGAAAUUGAAUCAUCACGCCUAAACACAUUGGCAGCUAAGAAGGGAACUCUAUUUAAUCUCUUGAAGAUUUUAAUUAGCAAGCCUCAGAUUCCAAAAUCUUGUCCUGUAUUUGAUGUCCAAUUGAUGGCUGAUUCAACUUUAGCUGAAAUGUCUUUUGAUGCUAAGUUGCAGAAUCUUAUCCUGGAAUACACAGAUACAGCAACAGCACUUUUAUAUGAGAUACUUCUUGUCUUUCAGCAGGGAAACCUUGGAUUGGGAUCUACAAAGUUUGCUAUUAGCUGGAUGAUGUCCUUUCUUCAAAGUUGUCCUCCUAUAGUUACCUUUGUGGCCAGUAUUGUGAAACAAGUAGUGAAGGGGCUUUCAGCUUCAUUGCAACUGCUAAGUCCCUUCCAAGCAGUUCUGUUGUACCAGCAGUUUUACAUCCUCAAGAGCUGCCUGCAAUACAGCAAGACUCUAGCUGAGUAUAUCAGGAAUGACUACAGCGAAGAAUUUAGGUACUUUAUUCAUAUGCCAGCCUUGGAAAAGAAGCUCCCAUUGUGUUACCCUAUUACUCAGCCAACCACUCAACUUUUUCAUGAAAUUCUCAAAUUGGUUGAACAGAAACAAUAUGUAAAAUGUUAAUAAGAAUAUAAAAUGUUAAUUGGGAGUGGAAAUCUAUGAAAAAAUUAUUUAUUUAUUUAUUUAUUUAUUUAAUUCAUCUUGAGUUCUAUAAACAAAGAUUUUAUCUAAAUGUUACAUCAAUACCUAUGAUGUUUCAUCAAUACCUAAGAGGUCCUUGAAGUUUAUCUGCUAAAAACAAACAAACAACAACAAAAAACCCUGUAAGAAUGGUGCUAAAAACUAGCGUUUCUCCAGAAAGAAAAGUUUCUACAGACACAAAAAACUAAAAAGGGAACAGAAGCUCAAGGAGAAUAAUUGGUGUGAAGCCAUUAAAAUAUAUAAUGAAAAAUUGUUGUACAGAGUAUAAACUACAGAGUCAUCAAUAGAGAAAUGUUGAGCAAUAGGAUGACACCCUACUUUUCCACCUUUAAAAACUAGUGGCAAAAGUAUUUUUGGAAGAAUGAGCAGGAGAAACACAGGCACAGCUGAACAGAAUGUCAGCUCCUCAUUUGUCAAGGAUAAAGAAGCCUGGACUUUCUUUUCUUUUUUUUGAACUCAGGGACUCAGGGGCACCCAGCCACUGAGCCACAUCCCCAGCCCUAUUUUGUAUUUUUUUAGAGACAGGGUCUCACUGAGUUGCUUAGGGCCUUGCUUUUGCUGAGGCUGGCACUUGUGAUCCUCCCACUUCAGCCUAUGAGCUGCUGGGAUUACAGGAGUGCACCACCGUGCCCGGCACGAAGCAUAGACUUUCGUGAACAAAACCAAAUGCUUUAUAUACAGAGUUGCCAUGAAUGGAUAAUUAUGAAUUUAAUGCAUUCCACUAUUGUCAUAUAUGUAAGAAAUAAAUAAAAAUUAAAAUUAAAAAAACCCAAAAAACCCAAAUGCAGUUGGGUGCAGUGUCUCACGCCUGUAAUCCCAGUGUUUCAGGAGGCUGAGGCAGGAGGAUGAGUUCAAAGCCAGACUCAGCAAAAACGAGGUGCUAAGCAACUCAGUGAGACCCUGUCUCUAAAUAAAAUACAAAGUAGUGAAGCCAGAAUUAGACAGGCAGUCAGUAUAGAUAGGUAAAUCGAGUUAGGUCGGAUUAAGGAGGCCAGUUUUGAGUGAGUCUGGGAAGUUGGAGACUGCCCCCUGAGGGAUUGAAAUGUUAAUUCCUUCAGAGCCCUUCCUCACCCUUAUCAAGAAACUGCCCCUGCUCCAACUUGUUGCCAAGGUAACCUGUCCCAGGAAUUGCCCCUCCCUACAGGGAGCUCUAAGUGUGCUGGGGUUUGCACCAUCCUGCCCUUCCCCCUUCAGCCCACCUGUUUCCCACCCUUGGGCCAUCCUACCAAGCAUUCCUGGGCCUAGUCAUUUAUGCGGGAAGGAGAAAGAUAAGGGGGAAAAGGGAGGAGAACAAAGGAAGCAUAGGACAUCUAAAAAGGGUAGAACGCCUCGCUUCUGAGGAUACCAGCUAUGGCCCCCUUCUCCCUCCUGGAAGAAGUCUGUGUUACCCCAUUUUUUAAAAAAAAUCCUGCUUUAUAUGCUUGCCUCAUUGUGCUUCUCUAAUGUUCAAACUUCAACUUGCUGGAAGCAGAACUCGUCACCAAUAACUGGCAGUGUCAGUAGGGCUGGGAAUGUGGCUUAGUGGUUGAGUGCCCUUGAGUUCCAUCCCUGGUACUCAAAAUCCAAACACCAAAACAAACGAACAAAAAAAUCCCACAAAUGAUUCUGCCACUCUACUUCAGGCACCUGUGGGUAAUGUGAACAGUCCCAUAGAGUCUCUGUGGAAGAGAAAUUAUUCAUGAGCAGUGAAGGCUCUCCCACAACCAUUUAAAAAAGAGAUCUUUAUUAUUAUUAUGGCUAUAAACUAAUCCCACAAAUACUUAACUUUGGUGUCAUUGUGAGCUAUGGAAUUUUGACUUCUAAGAACUUAGGAACUGGGCCUUCUGUGAACUUAUCAUGAUUUGAGGAAGGAUAAGAGAAAAAUCUACCUCCAAAGAAAGAGUUCCCAGCUGGGCAUGGUGGUGCUUGCCUGGAAUCCCAGCAGUUUGGGAGGCUAAGGCAGGAGGAUUGGGAAUUCAAAGCCAGCUUCAGAAAUUUAGCAAGGCACUAAGCAACUCAGCAAGAUCCUGUCUUUCAAUUAAAAAAAAAAAAUAAAAAAAAAUAUAUAUAUAGAUAGAUAGAUAGAUAGAUAUAGAUAAUAUUUGCAUUAUUACCAAAUAUAUAUAUGCGUUAUUUGCAUUAUUGCCAUAUAUAUAUAUGGCUGAGGAUUGGCUCAGGUUCAAUUCCCAGUACCCUACCCUGAAAAAAAAAAAUUCCCAGCCAUAUUCACCUGUGUUGAAUAAUGUAAUUAUAGUUACAGUUUGUUGAGGACUUUCAGCAGAUUCUUAAUCACCAUGUUCUGCAAUAUUUAAAUAAACUAUUUUGUAAUUAUAAAUUUAGUAUACAGAACAUUUGUAUUGGUUCUUAUUGAUUUUCCAAGGCCUUUCUUAGAUUUAAUAUUUACAUAGUUUACAUACAUUCUAUGUAAAAAUAGACCUGCUCUAAACCUGAGACUUUAGGUGAAAAUUGUACAUACACAUAUGCUGUUAGUUUUUAAAAUGUCUAUGUCUAUGACAAGGAUGAAAUUUCUACAUUGUUCUGCCUCUCAGAAGCGCCAGCUCUUAGCAGUGCCAACCACGGCCUGUCAUCAUGAGCACCCUGUAGACUGUACCUGCAGCUUCAGAAAUGACUUAAUCUGCCAGUAGCAAGGUUUCCCUCAUUUAUAAACCCUAUGUGCUUGUAUUGUUGUUAGGCCAGUAUUUAAUGCAUAAAGGCAGAAUUAUUGUGAGAUUUUUAAAAAAUGCAAACAUAAAUGCAAUCCUGACUUAAAACUAAAAGACUGGUAUAAUGUUACUUUUAAAAAUAAUACUUAGGACUCAGGAUAUAGCUCAGUUGGUGCUUGUCUUGCAUGCACAAGGCCCUGGGUUCAAUCCCCAGCACCACACACACACACACACACACACACACACACACGCACACUAAUAAUAAUAUUUAGACACAAUGAUAAAAUUUUUAUAUAUUGUUUUGUUUACAAAUUAUCUGUUAGCCUUGUUUCUAUGAGAUGUUUUUAAUGUGACUUUUAAAAAUGUCUUAGAAAUGAAAGUUGCAGAAAGUAAGAGGAAAAAAAUAGGAUAUCUUAUUCCUGGUUCUAAGCCAAAUACUGAUUUUGCUUCAGGUUUUAUUCUACUUCUUUCCAGGCCUUAUCUACUUCUUUCUGGGCUUCCUUCUGUUAGGCGGAAGGGUGGGACUGGAUGCUAAGUUCCCUUUCUCUGCCUGUAAGAAACAAUUUUUUUGUUUUUAAAGAGAGAGAGAGAGAGACAGAGAGAAUUUCUAAAUAUUUAUUUAUUUAUUUUUAGUUUUUGGCGGACACAACAUCUUUGUUUGUAUGUGGUGCUGAGGAUCGAACCUGAGCACGCUACCGCUUGAGCCACAUCCCCAGCACAUGAAACAAUUUUUGACACUCUGAAAUGGGAUAGUGUGUUCCUCUGCCAUCCUGGCUUAGUAGAUGAUUUCACACUGGUUCCAAAUAAUCCUGCUUUCUUUGUGUCACCAACAUUGUCCCACAAAGUCUCCAGUCUUCUCACCAUCACCCAUUAAGGAAUCCAAGUCAUCCACUUUGGGAGCAAAAUGAGCAUUCUGGGCUGCUAGAUGAGGGAUUAUUCCCAAGAGAUGGUCAGUCAGAGGAGUGUGACGAGAUUCUGAGGACACCAGCAUACAUCACUUGAAACUAGACAAAUGGUAUACUGAUGAAACCCAUAGGACAACACCAAGAGCAUCAACAACUCAGUUACACUUUGUCUUCUGGAAAUACCCUGGCUAGUAGGGUGCUUCUACCUGGGAAGGUAGUAGUGCAGGCUUUUUUUUUUUUCUUUUUUGUGCAAACUCUGAUGGUAAUAGUGCAGUCUCUGCUGAGGGCUUAGACUUUCUCAUGUGCUGUCCUGCCUCUUCUGCAGCUCCUCUCCCACUGAAAUCAUACUUUGUCUAAUUUCUGGGAGCCAAAGUUCUGUCAGAAUGUACCUGAAUCUUUCCAUGUAGGGAUAAAGUCAUUGACUUUUUAAAGAGCUAAUGGUUGGAUUUGUCACCUUGAUUUUCUUCAGUUUACUCUGUAUGACUCAUUUGACAGUCCCAGGAAGAGGAAGAAACAAGAAAUUUUAACACUUUAAAAGGGUUAUUCUUCCAUAAUUCUUUUAUGCUUGUGAGUUUGUUUGCAUUAUUACCAAAUGCAAGAAAAAUCACCUAAUAAACCAUCUCUGUUGGUGAUCAGACACAUUUAAUACUUUACCUAAACACUGGCCUCAAGCAAAAAACAAACUUGAAUAUUGAAAUCACAUAAAUAUAUUUUUAAGAAUACAAAUGUCACCAGAAAGAGCCUAGUUUUUGAGCUGGUUUCAAGAUUCUAUAUCCUUUGAACACCUUCAUGAUGUGAGUGCAGUCAUUUACCACCCCUACUUACCCCAAAGACAAUCAUUUCUACCAUUUUAGAAAGUAUUUUUUUUAUUUGCUCUUUUUAGAUAUACAUGACAGUAGAGUGUAUUUUGACAUACAUACAUAGAAGUGUAACUUAUUCUACUUAGGAUCCCAUUCUUGUGGUUAUACAUGAUGUGGUGUUUUGCCAGAGUCCGGCUGGGCAAAUAACCGGGAGGUGAUAAGCAACUUGAAGGUUCAAGCAGGAACUACUUUAUUGCGAGUGAACUCAGCGGCAACUGAGCGAGAACUCAAAGUAGUGGGCACCUAAGGUAGCAGGAGCUGCCUCUCUGCCGGACAGCAGAGGUAUAUAUACCCAACUAAUCACACACAGCUUGACUCAAUUAACAUCAUCUAGAUACAACAGUCAGCCAAUAAAGAAUCCUCAUCAUCUUAAUGGCUUGCUGGCGUUGCUUCACAAACCAAUCCUCCUGGCAAGCUGCCAGGCGCCAUCUUGACUUGAUUUGCAUCCCCAACAGUGUUUAACUGGACAUGUAUUCAAUAUGAACAUAGGAAAGUUCAUUCCAUUGUCUUUCCUAUUCCCAUCCCCCCCUCUUCCUUUCAUCAUUUUCUUUUGUCAAACUUCUGUCUCCCCCACCCAGCCCACAUUGUCUGUUAGCAACCGCAUAUGAGAGAGAACAUUUGUCCUUUGGUUUUUUGGGAUUGGCUUAUUUCACUUAGCAUGAUAGUCUCCAGUUAUAUCUGUUUACCAGCAAAAGUCAUAAAGCCAUUCUUUAAAAAAGUAUUUUUGAAAGUACACACACAUACACACUUUGUAUGUACAAUUUAAGAGUAUUGAUUUUGAAGCUAAAAUGUAUGAGUUUAAAUCCCAUCUCUACACUUGAUUUGGACUUGGGAAGUUAAUGACAUCUCCAAACUUCAGUUAAAGCAGAAUGUAUACAACCUAUUGCAAAGAGUUAGGAGACAUAAAUGAAAAGUUGUGGGUGAAGCAUUAAUUAGGGUCCCUCACAUGUAGUAAGGACUCAGUAAAUAGUACUUAUUAUUAUUUUUGUACUGGGAAUCGAACCCAGGGUUGCGAUACCAUUGAGCCACCCUUUUUUAAUUUUUAGACAGGAUCUUACUAAGUUGCUUAGGGCCUAUGAUAAGUUGCUGAGACUGGCUUUGAAUUUAUGAUCCUUAGGCUCCCAAGCUGCUAGGAUUACAGGCAUGUGCCAUUGAGCCUGGCUUAGUAUUUAUUAUUAUUAUUAAAAUAAUACCAAAGGUGGCUGAGAAUUUAGAGACUAAUAAGUACGACCCUUUUGUGGGGCUACUCUAGAGACCAGCCACUACAAUCCGAGAACUCCUGGCCUAUAUAGCAUUGGAGAACAGAUUCAUUUGAAUGUUAAAAAUUCAACUUUGUAUUAGUAGGAGUGUGAUUUAACUGUCAAUUUCUUCUGUUUAGUGGGACCAUGUUGCAAAAUAAAAUAUAAAAAGGACUAGGGAUGUAGCUCAGUGCUAAAGUGACUCUGGGCUCAAUCCCAGUACCCACCCCCCAAAAAAAAAAGUAUUUUACAUAUUUUCAUAUUGAAUCUUACUCCUUGCUAAUGCUGCUUUUAAUUGUGAUAGGAAAACUUAUGAUUACAUUAGCAAAUGUGCUAUAAAGCAGCUGAUGAGAGUGAUCAAGCUUGUUGACUGCUGAUAUGCUCCAAUCAUUAGUGUUCUAUGUUUUUUCUGAGUCUAGAACCACUUGUUUUAUAUUUAACACAUUUGCAGAAUAGAGAGGUUCAAUGAUAAAUAUGGAAGAGAAGCUGGAAAUUUUUUAAAGAAUGUAUUUGAUGGGAAUUUUUGAGGAAACGGAAUAGUGAUAAAUAAUUGUCUGAUUUCUCAGUGUUCACUGUAUUUACUUCUAAAUGCAGUACAGACUUGUAAGGUCAACUUGAAUUUGCCUCUCUAUAGAAAGGAAAAUGCAAUUCUCCAUCCAGUCAGCUCUUCUGUGUGUUUUGGAUCUGAAGCUUUUCCCAUUUGGGGGAGGCAGUGUGAUUUGUUGGCUAGAAAUCUGAGUACUGUAAUUUUGUGGAUAAGAAUCCAAAUGCUAUGUAAGAACUUAUUUUGAAUAUUGCCUACCCACUACUUCUCAUAACUCUUUUAGGGACUCUGUAUAAUCAAUUAUGCAAUAAUAAAAGCCUAUAUUCAGCGUUUUA